AUGGCGGAGAAAGUAGCGGACACAAGUGAUAACGCGGACUCUGUCGGAGGGAAAUUAAACAAAGAGACUGACCAUCGUGUGAGGCUAUGUGAGCCGUGUUUUGAGGAAGGGGCCGAGGUCCCCGCGGCUAAGUUUUGUGUUGAGUGUGAGGACUAUUUGUGUGAGACAUGCGUGCAAUAUCAUCGAAAGGUCAAACCAACUAAAACCCAUGAACUGAUUAAUAGUGGUGAUACAGUGCAAGGUUCCAGGGCAAGAGAGGGAAUAGAUAUAUUUAUCUGCUCGAUUCACCAGGGAGAAAUGACUCAUUAUUGUAUUAAACAUGAUAAACUGUGUUGUUCAAAGUGCGUGAGCAAAGUUCAUAUCAUAUGCGGAGACAGUAUUUGCAAGGUUGAAGCUGUAGCUGGUAAAGUAGAAGAGGAACAGGAAUUCAAGAAAAUGGUGGAAAAGAUUAAAACGAUAACUGUUGGUGCUCAGGAAAACAAACAGAGAGCAACAGCAAAUAUUGAAUCAGGAACGGAACGCUUUGAAAAAGAAAUAGAGGAGAUUAAGAAGACAGUAAAUGAAGAAAUCACGGAAAUAAAAGCAAUCGAGUUGGCUUGUGAUUCUGUUUUAAGAGAGGUAGGGAAGUGGAAUAACCUUGUUGAAAUUGGUAAACAAACGAAAGCGUAUGGGAAAUUAUUCAUUGUCAUGAAACUGGCAUCAGAACAACUUGAAAUUCUUGCUGAAACCUUACAGGUUUUGGUAGAAAACAACAAAUGGAAAUUCAAUUUCUUGUCGCUGCGGUCAUUGCAUGAAUGCCCAGAUGAACGGCAGGUGCCUAUUCUUCUAAAGAAGAUAUCUCUAACUGAAAUUGACGCUUCUGAAAAUGAGAAAGCAAGCCAUAAAGUGGAAGCGCUAUCCAGUUUUUCUUCUGUAGAAAUACAUUCAACAAUCGACGAAACAACAGGAUCUAUGUUCCUCAUUGGCCAAGCUCCGUUUGGAUUAAGAGAAGUCACCAACGAUGGCGAGGUUAAGACAAUAUUUCUGUCAAAUUCAAUUGCAAAACCUGGGGGAAUCGUGUUGGAGUCCGAUGGAACACUUUUGGUCAGCAGCGAACACACUAGGGGCAUCAAACGUGUGACGGUGGACGGCAAUGUGGAGGAUUUCAUCACUGAUAAAGCGCCGCAACAUGACAAGUCACAACGUAGGACACAUGCACAUGUCAGUGAUGCGAAUAAAUUCAGGACCGAUUCUUGUCCGCUCGACGACAGCAUCACUCGCAAUGUGAUUCCGCGAGAGAGGGAGGGACACAAGCGCCAGACGUAG